GUGACCCUCUGUGUGUGUGUGUGUGUGUGUGUGUGUGUGUGUGUGUGUGUGUGUGUGUGUGUGUGUGUGUGUGUGUGUGUGUGUGUGUGUGUGUGUGUGUGUGUGUGUGUGUGUGUGUGUGUGUGUGUGUGUGUGUGUGUGGUUGCAGGAUUGCCAUAAAACAACGGACUGGGCUGGAGUGCUGGGUUAGGAUUACGGUCCUCGGUUCGAGGGGCAGGGUUAGGGUUUUGGCCCCCGGUUGAAGGGGCAGGGCCCCCGGCCAGAAACUUCCCCGGCGAUCUCCAUGUUACUAGGCGACUUCCUGUCACCACUUCCUGUUCGGUUGCACUGCUGACUUUCUGCAUGUUUUGAAUAGUUGACGUGAAGCUUUAUGUUGAGACCUUUAAAGUUCCCAAAUGUGUCCUGUACCAGCGACCCGCCUGGAGCGGCUUUAGCUCCGAUGGGCUUCACUUAGCAGACACUCCUAAUGAACUACUUGAAGUUUGUGUGCUAAGGCUAGCGGCUAAUUAGCCCUGCUAAUCGGAUUGCUAUACUUUUUACUGGGUUUGUUUAUAUUCUCGAUCUGGUUGUGUUAUGGUCGAGUGCGCGGGACUAUCCAUUCACCCAGGUCUGGUCCGUACUACAGCCGACCCGGUACCAGGCCUUUAGCCUCUGGGUUAAAGGGCUACUAGGGUCGAGAUUAGCCCGACGACCCCCGUGUGUCCAGAUGUAGGUGAUUUUGGACGGACCCACCGAUAUCAUGGCAGACCCACACCCACCAACCAGUACCAGCCUUUGCUGCUGCCGCAAACCGCUGCCGGUUCCUGGGCGACCCGGAGCCGAUGCUGCCCGGGCCAGGCGCCCCCACCCCGGCUCCGCCAGGUGUCCACUUGUCGACGUCGCGUCGGCGUCCAACUUCCAGAGCUUCCAGCUGAACCACUUCCACCUCGACCUGCGGCUUAACUUCACACUGAAGGAGAUGACGGGCUGGCUGGUGUUGGAUCUAGUCCCCAUCCAGCCGGGCAUUGACACUUUAGUCCUGGACACACACCCGUCGCUGCUCAUCCACUCUAUCGACUGCAAAAUGCCCGGCUCGACGCAGCUCGACCGACCGGUUUCUCUCACGUACCGGGUCGACCCCUUCACAGACUACGGGUCCUCUCUGAACAUCAGCUUGCCUGGUGUGGUGGUCCAGCGGGCGAAGGGCUUUCAGAUCACUCUCCGCUUCACCACCACCGAUGGUCCGGCGACGUGGUGGUUGGAUGCUCCCCUGACUUGCGGUCAGUCCCAACCUCUGGUCUUCACCCUGGGCCACUCGGUCUCCAACAGGUCCUUCUUCCCCUGCUUCGACACUCCAGCCGUGAAGAGCACCUACUCUGCUACCGUCCGCGUUCCUGAGGGCGUGAUGGUGCUGAUGAGUGCCACCCGGAGCUCCUACUCCAAGCCGGACCGGGUCUUCCACUUCUCCAUGCAGUACCCGGUGCCGGCCUACUUGGUAGCCCUGGUGGCCGGUGAGCUGAAGCAUGUCGACGUGGGCCCCCGGAGCCGGGUGUGGGCGGAGCCUUGUCUGUUGUCGUGUGCCCUGAACAAGCUAGGGGGCAGCGUGGAGCGCUGGCUGGCCGUCGCUGAGGACCUGUUUGGGCCCUACCCCUGGGGAAGGUAUGACAUCGUAUUCCUGCCGCCCUCCUUCCCCAUCGUUGCCAUGGAGAACCCCUGCCUCACCUUCAUCAUCUCCUCCAUCCUUGAGAGUCGGGACUUCCUGCUGAUCGACGUCAUCCAUGAGAUCUCCCACGGCUGGUUCGGGAACGCCGUCACCAACGCCACCUGGGAAGACAUGUGGCUGAGCGAAGGCCUGGCCACCUACGCCCAGCGCCGCAUCACGACCCUGGCCUACGGUGAGGCGUUCACCUGUCUAGAAACUAGGUUUCGAUUGGACGCUCUGCACCGACAGCUCCGCCUCCUUGGGGAUGACAGCCCCGUCAGCAAAUUACAGGUCACCUUUGAACCAGGUGUGAACCCCAGCACUUUGAUGAACCUCUUCACCUACGAGAAGGGCUUCUGUUUCGCCUCCUACCUCUGCAAGCUCUGCGGAGAUGUCUCACGCUUCGAUGCUUUCCUCAGGGCAUAUAUCAGCCAGUUUAAGUUCAGCAGUGUGGUGGCUGAGGACCUGAUAGAGCUCUUCUUGGACUUCUUCCCUGCCCUGAAGGAAGAGGGUGUGGCACAUCGAGAAGGUCUGGAGUUUGAUCGCUGGCUGGGGGGGUUGGGGGCUCCCCUCUACGAGCCCGACCUAUCGGCCGGCGCCGUCCUCACGCGACCCGUGCACCAGCUGUGUGACCUCUGGGCCGCCCCCGCCCCCGCCCCCGACGCCCUGGCAGCCUUGGACCUCUCCACCUGGACCUCCUUCCAGACCGUGCUCUUCCUGGACCACAUGUUGGACCGCUGCCCUCUGCCCCACGAGGUGAUGGAGGGUCUCAGCGGGGCGUACUCCAGGCUGCUCGCCUCCCAGAGUGCCGAGGUCCAGAUCCGAUGGCUGCAGAUGAUCGUCAGGAGCAACUACCCCCCGGAGAUACCAGCCGUCAGGAGCUUCCUGCACAAGCACACGUCGAGGAUGUACACGGUUCCGCUGUACGAAGACCUGGUGGCUGGGGUGAUGAAGUGCAUCGCCAUGGAGACCUACAGCCAGACCCAGGGACGACUGCACCCUAACCUGCGACGCUCCCUGCAGCAAAUCAUCUUCCAGUCGCCCAACCCCGCCCCCUCUCCUCCUCCUAACCCCUCCCCCUUUCCCUUCCCUCCAUCUAACCCGGGCCAUUCUCCUCAUCUUCCUCAUUCUUACCCCUCCCCUCCUCUUCCUCCUUCGCAGCCCGCCCCCUCUCCUCUUCUUGCUUCUAACCCCAGGCCCUCCUCACCGCAUCCUCCCUUGGAACCUAACACCAGCUCCUUCUCCCCCCCCCCUCCUCCUCCACAGUCGAACCCCUCCCUCCCUACUCCUCAAACGAACCGCAGUACCUCCUCCACCCCCUCUCCUCCACAGACGAACCCCUCCCUCCCUACUCCUCAAACGAACAGCAGUACCUCCUCCACCCCCUCUCCUCCACAGUCGAACCCCUCCCUCCCUACUCCUCAAACGAACAGCAGUACCUCCCCCACCCCCUCUCCUCCUCUUCCUCCUCCUCCCGCCAGCACCACUGCUGCCUUGAUACUCUGGAAGGUGGACGUUUCUGCCUGAACAUUGAGGCUCCGCCUACGUUGUAUUUGCCCCGCCCCUUUUUGCCAGACGUUGCCUGGGGCGGAGUCUGGAUGGGUGCUCCUGGCCGUGUUAAAGACCCUGACUGAUUUUCUAUGUGAUCUUUUUCAAUGUUUAUUAACUGUGUGAUAUGCAAUGCGCCCAAGUGUUACACUGGGACAUCAGAUUAUAAAAACACCAGCUCACAAUCACCAA